UCAUUCAUUCAUACUUCACUUCAUUUUUCAUAUUUCAGUUUUUUCACUUUCUACUGUAAGCUGUAAGCGCAACGCACGUCAAGCAAGAGUCAAGAUACUGGGAUUAUUAGACCGGCGGAAUCGAAAUUAAAUGCUUUUGGAUAAGGUUCUAAAAAAACUUAUUGUGCUUUGAAAUUAUUCAUUUAAAAAUGAAUAAGCUAGAAGAAAAAAUAAUAUCCGGUUUAAACAACAUAGGAUAUAAUGGACCUUUACUCACAAAACCUAAUUUUCCGUUGGCUAUAGAAAGUGGACCGAAAAGUUUAGAAUAUACAGAACUUGUAAAUUUCCUUACAAAUGAGAUAAGAACUUUAGAGGAUAUAGAUGAAGAAGUUAAUGCUAUUACUUCACCAGAAGAUGCUGUAGCUUUUAUCAUGGAAGUCACAUCAUUCUUAAAAGAAUUAAAUUGUCCUUAUAAAUCUCUUCUAGAGGGACAUGUAUCUGAAAGAUUACAAAAUGUAUCUGAUAGAUUAUUGCUGCUUGAUUAUCUGAUGACAGAACUAAUGGGGGCCCGUAUUUUACAAGAAAAAAGACCUAGUAAAAAAAUUGAACUCAAACUUCACGAAACUACAGAAGGUAAAGACAUGAGGUUGAUUCUUCAAACUCUUCGUUUUCCUAAGCCACCGGCUAAUAUUUCUAUUCGAACAUUGUUCCAAAAAUUGGUACCUACAAUUCCAAUUGUUGUAAAUAAAGCCGGCAUGGAUAUAGUUGGAAAAGGGAUUUUUGAUGGAUAUUUAUCAAACAAACAGUGGGAAGUACUUAAUGGAGUUCAGGAAGAUCUGCACGCAGAAUAUAAGAUUAGAAGGGAAAUGUUGCUAACCAGAUUGGAUGUUACCAUACAAUCUUUUCAGUGGUCAGACAGAACAAAAGGAAAAGAUGAUGUAUUUGAGAAACUUUAUCAUGACAGACGUAAGUUAUUAAAAGUUGAACCCGACGUAGACCUAGCUGAUUUAUUAGCAGCAAGAACUGACAUUGCCAUUAUUGAGAAAACUAGUAGUUCUUCUGUAAGACGAAAUACUCGAUCGUCCUUAAACAGAGUCAUAAUCGGACAGGUACCAGACAGAGGCGGCAGAACUUCCGAAAUAGCUCCACCUCCUCCAGAAAUGCCCUCGUGGCAGCAAAGGUCGGCUGGCCCAGGUGGUCGUGGAGGCGGCCGCGGAGGAGGUGGUAAUUUUAACCGUGGAGGUGGAAACUUCAACCGCGGUGGUGGCAGUUUCAACCGCGGCGAUGGUAAUAAUUUCUCCCGUGGAGGAGGCGGAAAUAACUUUUCUAGAAGUGACAGCUUUUCUGGAGGAGGUGGAGGAAAUUACCAAUCAGAAGGUGGGAAUUAUCAAUCGAAUAGAGGAGGCUUUCAGUCUGGCGGCGGCAGAGGUCGCUAUGAUGAUAACAACUCUGGUAGUUUCAAUGCACCAAGAGGAGGUGGUGCUGGAGGAGGCAGAAGCUAUGACAGUUUUCAAGGUAAAUACGGCAAUUCUAGUUUCAAUAGCAGAAUCUCAGGGGGAAAUCAAAGUUAUAGCAACGACAGGCGGGAUAGUUAUAGCUCGUCCGAUUAUCAACAGUCAAAAAGAGCUAAAACUUAUGAUUCUUUUCAAGCCAAUAAAACAACGUACGCCGAUCAAUACGUUCAAGAGCGUCAGCAUAAUCAACAGUACUAUUCAAAGGAUGAUAGAGGUUAUGGUAACGAUAGAGGGUCUAGAGAUGAUAGGCGGGAUUCUAGAGGUGGUCGUUCAAACUAUAAUAGAGGAGGAAGAGGAGGUAGCUAUAGAUAAAGAAUAUUCAAUGACUGUAUAUCAGAUUUUGACUCCGUAACUUUCAUAUUUAUUUGAAUUUAAGGUCAUUAUUUACAAAUAAAAUUGAGAUAGUCAAAAAAAAAUUUUUAUUCACUAAUUAUAUUUAUUAGUUUGUAUUAUAUUCAAUCUAUAAAAUAAUUUAAAAGAAUGCUAUAUUUAGUUUUUAUGCUUUAAGAAUUUUCGUAAUGUUAAAUUUAGCAAAAUAAAUUUGGAGCAUUGAAUAAAGAACAAAAUGUUUGUGUUUGGUGUAAUCCUGCUAAAGAUAAGCAAGUUUUUUGAAUUCUUAAAUGAUGUUUAUUUUACUGUACUGCAUUGUAUUUUACUGUAACAAUUAAAUAAGUUUACAUAGGUAA